AUGGGGGCCGUCCCCACCCGUGGGCGGGCGAAGGAUCCGAGGAACCCCACCUGCCAACGCUGGCGGCCCACGAACGUCCCAGUCUUUCGCGGAACCCCGCUCUGCAAACCGCACCUCCCGCUCACGUUCGCGUACCUAAAACCGCAGCAAACUAAGAAAACUAACACAGCGUUGGCCGAUUUGCUGCCCGCGUACCCUAAAACUCGGGGGUUGGGACCCACUUUUACAGGUUGCUCCGGGAUAAAAUCGGACGUCCCCCGACCCCAACCCGGAGAAACCCAGGACAAAGGCGCAGGUGGGGUGGGGGGAGCAGCGCCCCUCGACGGCGAGGGCAGGAAGCGUCGCGCACCGGUCCCACCUCCUCCCUUCGGGCCAGACAAUGGUUUUCUGCCCGGAAAACGAAGUUGGGAGGAAGGCGGGCGGGCCAGGGCCGGACAUAACAGCUGGGAGCCGGAGGAGAACAUUCUGGACCCGAGGCUGCUCCUGGCCUUCCAGAAGAAGGAACACGAGAAGGAAGUACAGAACCGGAAGAGAGGCAAGAGACCUAGGGGCAGGCCGCGGAAGCACACGGUGAUGUCGUCUUGUAGCCGGCGCUCCAAGCUCAAGGAAUCCGACGCUCCCUCCAAAUCUAAAUCUAGCAGUUCCUCCUCUUCCUCCACGUCUUCCUCCUCCUCCUCAGAUGAAGAGGAUGACAGCGACUUGGAUGCCAAGAGGGGGCCCCGUGGCCGAGAGACCCACCCCGUGCCUCAGAAGAAGGCCCAGAUCCUGGUGGCUAAGCCUGAGCUGAAGGACCCUAUCCGCAAGAAGCGGGGACGCAAGCCCCUGCCCCCGGAGCAGAAGGCAGCCCGCAGACCAGUGAGCCUGGCCAAGGUGCUGAAGACUGCCCGCAAGGACCUGGGGGUCCCAGCCGGCAAGCUGCCCACUCCGCUCAGUGCACCCGUGGCGGGCCUGGCAGCCCUGAAGGCCCAUGCCAAGGAGACCUGCAGCGGCCCCGGUGCCAUGGCCACCCCGGAGAACCUGGCCACCCUAAUGAAGGGCAUGGCAGGCAGCCCCAGCCGCGGCGGCAUCAGCUGGCAGAGCUCCAUCGUGCACUACAUGAACCGCAUGAGCCAGGGCCAGGCCCAGGCCGCCAGCAGACUGGCACUCAAGGCCCAAACCACUGGCAAGUGUGGCCUCGGGCUGGACCUGAAGGUGAGGACGCAGAAAGGGGAGCUGGGGAUGAGCCCUCCCGGAAGCAAAGUCUCAAAGGCCCCUGGCACUGGGGCUGUGGAGCAGAAAGGGAGCAGCGCAGGAGGGGCUCCCCACGGCCACGGCGGCGGCAAGGUCCCCGCUGGGUGCCUGGGCUCCCAGCCAGCACCCACCCAGGAGCUGAGCCUGCAGGUCUUGGACUUACAGAGUGUCAAGAACGGCAUCCCUGGGGUGGGCCUGCUUUCCCGCCAUGCCGCAGCCACCAAGGCUGCCCCCGCCUCCACCCCAGCCACCGGGAAGGGCACUGGGGGUGGCCCCACUGGGGUAAGCGUGCCCAGCGUGCCCAUAGACAUGGGCAAAGGUGAGAAGCUGGCCUCCAGGGCGGCAGCUCUGCCCACCCCUCCUGGCAAGAGGGAGAAUGCCAAGGGCAGUGCCACAGCCAGCGGGCAGGAGGGUCACACAGCCCCAGGGGAAGUUUGCAAGGCAGCCGCCCUCUCAGAGAUGAGCACAGCUGAAGAGAAUAGCUCUUCGGACUCAGACCCUGACUCAUCCUCACUGCCCGGAGCUGGGCAGAGCCUGUCUGUUUCUGUCCAGACCAGCCACGACUGGAAACCCACCCGCAGCCUCAUCGAGCACGUCUUUGUCACUGACGUCACGGCCAACCUCAUCACGGUCACCGUGAAGGAGUCCCCUACCAGCGUGGGCUUUUUCAGCCUGAGACAUUACUGAGGCCUCUGCCACCCAGGUCUUCCUGCCCUCCUGUGUGGUUUUGUUCUGUUGGGUGACCCACAGCCCGACCCUCUCGAGGGGCUGGGGGUGCAGAGGGAGGGUCUCCUAGGUAGGCAGGCUUGGCAGGGCCUUCCCCCAGUCUGCCUUGUCUUUGAACUUACCUUGCUGGGGCCUAGCUUCCCGCUACCCUACUUCUCCAGGCCUCGCUUCACCCCUUUUCUCCUUGGGACGCCCGGGUGCCCUUGUGGCUCAAGCCCUUGCUCAGAAUGAGCUUGAUCCUCCCACCCUGGCCCUGGUGAGACACGUGGUGGGGUCAGAGAGCUUCUCCUACAGCUGUCUCUUCCCCCCAAGGGGUGGGGAGAGAAAGGGGGAGUUCUAGUAACCCCCUCUUCUGGGCACCAUUUCCUGGAAGGUGGGGUGCAGUUGGCAGGCCUUCCUUCAGGGUGGUGGCUGCGCCUUAAUGUAGGACAGUUCGAGGAGUGAGGUCACCACUAGGCCCUGGUUCAGAGUAGCAGCUCCAGCCGCCAGGUGUUUGCCUGAGAAAGUUCAGCCGUUUUGGUGCACUUGAGGGGCCUCCAGGUCCGGGGACAGGAGGAUCUGGAGUCACCGCCGCCUCCCUCCUGCCAACCCGCACCCCAGUGGGAAGUGACCCUGUGCUCCCUAGAGUGUAUCCUAGUUCUGGGCUAAAGCCCUGGAGUUGGGUGGAGUCCGGGUGGGAAAAGGUGCUUUGGUAUGAGGUUGGCCGGUGGCGUGUGAGCCUCUCCAUAAGCUGGAAUUUUAUCUCCAGGUGACAAGGGACCAGCCUAGCUCUUGCGCCCCAAAGCUGCCCCCACCAGCGGGCGGAGGGCAGGAGUUUGCUGCAGGCCCAUAAUAACGCCCCCUGGUGGAUGGGCUGUUGCUGGGGGCUGCUUUCCCUGACAAUCCCCCCGCCCCUUGGGGGUUCCAUGUCUGCUCCUUCCCAGCUGAGAAGAAAUUGUCUCUAUACCAUUUGAGUUCAGGCAGGCUUUCAGCAUUGGCCUUGGGAUCCUAUUCACUCCCCUCCUGGGGAGACACCUGAGAUUCAACCACCUUCUCUCCCUGCCCCGCUCAGAGUCAUCCGCAUCUGUCCUCAGAGUUUGGGACAGAGGUGACCAGGAGGUGGCAGUGGCAGUCAAUAAAUGUGAUGCCAAAAAAGUUGGGGUUAGGGGUAUCUGGAACUGCUUGUUGCUUUUGUUGGUCACCCCACAGGUGUGGGAUUCUUAACUCUGGGUGCCUUUUGAGGAGUUGCUGCCCUUUCUAAAACUAGCUCAAACUGAGAGGGGCUCUGGUUUCUGGGGGCCUAUCCAGCUGCUGGGCUCCACAGUAACUCACCCCCAUACCAAACAGAGAAGGUCUUUGUGUAGCCAGAUUUGACCUCAACAGUGUGCCUUUGGGGACAGCUUACGUCGGGGACUGCACUGUGGGCCCAGACACAGCCUCCGGGUCUGGUGCACAAGGGCCACCUUGCCUGCAGCGGGAGGCUGGGGAAGGACCUGCUCUGCUGCUAGACCCCUGGCUGCUGCCCUCCCUGAGGGCCCAACAACCUGGAAAUCCUGCAGCUUCUUUCCCACCAGGCACUGCUGCCUUAGAAGCUCUUCUAGACCCUUUGCGGGGACCCUGGGCUCCCAUGAGCCGUUAGAGAAGUGGGGUGUCUGGCUGACUGGCCAGCUUUGUCCCCAGCUGCCGGUCUCUUCAAACCCCAGUUUGGUGCCUUUUUACCAGCUACUUCAAUCCCAAAGUUUAAAUCAGUGAACACCUUACUUCCAGCCACUUUGCCUUCUUGCUGUUUUGCGUGUUCCUGGUGCUGUGACCCAGCAGGUGACAUUGAGAAUGUGUGUGCUGGUGCGGGAGGCCUGCAGGAGAUGCUGAGUUAGCCAUCUUAUGUUUACCAAUAAACGUAGUCCUGUUUGUAUUUUCAUUUGCUGCUAUUCGUGUGUGUGUGUGUGUGUGUGUGUGUGUGUGUGUAUGUAUGUAUGUAUGUAUGUAUGUAGCUAGGCAUCAGCCACACUUCUGACUCAAGAUUCGUUGGUUUAUCCUUGAGGGUCCUGGGUGAUCUGCGCCACAGUGUCUGUGUCCUGAGUGGUUGAUUUAACCUACAUCUUUUUUAUUUGCUUCUGAGUCAGGUAGGAAGAAGUGGCCAGCCUGACCUCUUUCUUAAAGCAUUUGGCUUAUUUUUGUAUGUAUUUUUGGUACCAAAAAAGAGUGUUCCAUGCUUUGGUUACAGUCCAAAUUGUGACCUGACUAGAGAGCACUCCGGGCCUGAGGUUUCAUCCAGAAAACUUGGGGAAGAACCACAGCUUUGAACCAGUGCCAGUCACUGGCUUGAUUUGUGUUUUGUUUUUUGUUUUUGUUUUUUUUUUUAAUUAAAACCAAGCCAAAUCAUUCAUUUGUGUGUGCCACUUCCAACUGCUUUACUCUGUGCCUGUUUGUUUGCUUUCUUAAGGGGGAGAGCAAGCUUGGGUAUGUUACUUACCCUGGGAAAACCAGAUCUUUGUUGAAACAGGACAGCAGCCAAGGCCCCAUUUUGAUGGAGCACAGCCAGGUGGAGGAAGUGCCUCCCCCAGGAAGCCCUCUGUGGUUUAAGGAAAGGGAUUGGAGUAGGAGAAAGGUGGUACCUGGAUGACCAGAUUUUUACCCAAGUGCGUGCAUCUCAAUUCUGAGGAUUUCUAGUACUUUCAGGAAACUAAUAACUAGCAUAGGUGGCAGGGGUUUUUAUAGACUAUGUUAAUUUAUUUUAAAGA